UGUUUGUUUGUUUAUCAAGAUUUUUGAGAUCGACUACCCAGGCUGUAGUGCGCUGGGUUUUACAGCAUUACCCUACUUAUGGGAUCUUGUAGAGUUUAUGCACUGUCUUUAUUCUGGAUUAAAUUAUAAGUUUAUUGCCACUAUAUUAUUGUAAUCUUUUUGCAGCUUAGCACAAAAAGUCCAUAAUCAUAAAAUGUCUACUCCUGCCAGACGCCGCCUCAUGCGCGAUUUUAAAAGGUUGCAGGAAGACCCGCCUGCAGGUGUGAGUGCUGCACCAACUGAGGAUAACAUCAUGAUUUGGAAUGCAGUUAUAUUUGGACCUCAUGACACUCCGUUUGAAGAUGGGACCUUUAAACUAACCUUGGAAUUCACUGAAGAGUAUCCCAACAAACCUCCUAUUGUGAAAUUUGUGUCUAAAAUGUUCCACCCAAAUGUUUAUGCGGAUGGUGGCAUCUGUUUGGACAUCCUCCAGAAUCGUUGGUCCCCCACAUAUGAUGUUGCUGCCAUUCUUACUUCAAUUCAGUCACUGUUGGACGAGCCCAACCCGAACUCCCCAGCAAACAGCCUGGCAGCGCAGCUGUACCAAGAGAACAGGCGCGAGUAUGAGAAGAGGGUAGCGGCCAUUGUGGAGACGAGCUGGCUCAACUUCCAGGAGGAUGAUGACGCUGAUCAAGACAAGAAGGACACCUAGUAAAUCAUUGGCUUAGGAAAAGUAGAGGGUUAUGACCACCUAGGUGACAGUCAUGCCAUCUAGGUGUCGGUCAUGCUAUCUAAAUAACGGUCAUGCUACCUAAAUAACGGCCAUGCUAACUAGAUGAUGGUCACGCCACCUUGGAAUGCGGUCCAAAAUCAGGGCUGUCCAUUUGACCUUUAUUGGUUUUCUUGUCUUAUGGACGGUUUAAACAAUGUCAGUCUACAUGCUAGGAUUAGAGCGAACUUUUAAGUUUAGAAUUUUAGCAUUGCACUUGCAGUUCAUUGCCGUAAUAAUUAGUGACUCGUGUCGUGGGUCAAGUCAGAUCAUCGUCGUGUUGUGUGGAUCAUUUACGAGACUUCUCUCACCAUAGAGUAUUCUGUUCAAUAAAUGUCAUUUAAGCAAUCGUUGAUGUUAGUGCACUGCCAGUAUUGACCUAAAUCGUGGAGGUGACUGAAUCUACAGUGACAGCUACGUGAAUAAUUUGACUCUUGAAUUACUAGCACAGUUAGUAUUCGUCUCUGAAUACAAAGAUUAGCAGAAGUGUGUUUAUCAAUUAUAAGCGCUUUAUAUUAUUUCUAAGCGUUUCAGUAAAGUUACUCCUUGUAGAACAGAGGUUAUGACAGGCCAUCUCUUCUUUCGUAAUGUGUGAAAUUUCCGUUGUAGAUCAAAACAUAAUUUACCACGUCUGUAAACUCUGUUUUAUAGCGUUCUUCUGUAUUUUUCUCUGAUCAACCUUGGCCGCUGUUAUUAUUUGAAUUUCAAAGUAUCCAACAGGAAUCUUAGUUAAGUACUUAAUUGGUUUACUGGUAAUGUUCAGGUUUCUCUUGUGUUGUUGGGUUUGCCUUACCUUUCUUGGUUUAUAGUCUCAAUAACUUGAUCCUCAUUGGUGUCGUCUAAUGAAGUGCAGAAUGCACAUCUUCAUUAAAUCAUUAAUUUUAUUUUACCAUCUUGUAUUCAUAGAUAAUUUUUAUUUGACUUCUAGCGAAAUUAAGGAAUGAGCAUUUCAUUAGUUACAUUCAUGUGUACUGUAUCUAAAAUCCCAAUUUAUAUCUUAAGUCAAAUUAUAUGAAAAGAAGUGGGGUAAACAGCUGUUAUAUAUACCUGCAUGUUUGACUUUCAUGGAGUCCCUGGCUGUGACAGCCAUCAGCGGUGGCACAUAAUAAUCAUUAGCGUUAACUUGAAGAAUUGUUAAAAAAACAGGCCCAGCACUUUUCAUCCAGGCAAAUGACGUUGAAACAAUGGUAAGUAUGAGUCGACUAUGUUGAAACUACGUUUGAUCAAAUUUAAUUCAACAUCUACAGCCUGGUGCAAAGGUGUUUUUUUUUUCUUGGUCCAACCGUGUCAGGAUGUUCUUCAUAUUGGUGAGUGAGAGAAAAAGGAUCGCUGUGCGGACAAUGACGGACUUAUUCUUCCAAAUGUGACCGCAAAUUGAUACUUAGAUCGAACACCGAACAUUGGUUUCUCAGCACGUUGCAAAUCAAUAACUGCUGUUGCUGCACCCUUGAUUUUCUCGGCCAUGCUUGUUUGUAAUUAAUAAAUUGAGUUCGUAAAAAGAAAACCUG